AUGAUAUUUGGAAUUUUUGCUUUGUUAUCUACAAUGAUUAGGGCUGAAACUGCUACAACAGAAGUUACCAGAGAUUAUUGCUCUCUUCCUGAUCCAAUUUAUGCGGACGGUGUUUCAGCAGCAGAUUUUGGUGCAGCAGGUUGGAGUUAUGCUAACGCUGCAAACUGGGCAGGUAUUUAAGGAUGAUAUAUCAGAUUUUGUUGUAACGUGCGGGGGUAGUUUCUAAUCUCCCAUAGAAAUAGUGACGAGUGGAAGUACUCAAGAAUCUGUCCAACCACAAAUCAACUAUAAAAGUAAGGACGCUAAUACUGCUUAUGAAGAAGCAAACAGUAAUAAAUUUGAUGACAUAAUUUUAGAGCCAUACACCAAAGAAUAUGAAGGAGAGUACUCAGAAAUAGAGGUAACCGAUGCUUCUGGCUCUGUUAUUCGUUAUUAUGCCAAAUAAUUCCACAUUCAUACACCCUCAGAACAUACCAUCGAUGGUAAAUAUUAUGAUUUGGAAAUCCAUUUUGUUCAUCAAGUAAAUACAAUAUCAUUCUAGGCUAUCCAAGAUGAUGAAUAAGACUGUAAUAAAGUGAAAAACAAACUCACUGUAUUCGGAAUUAUGUUUUAAGAAACCGCAAGUGCUACAGAUUACGAAGUAUUUAAACCAUGGUUCGAUUCCAAUGCUACAGGAGAAGUCGAAUCCUUCGAUUUAAAGUAACCAUUUUAUAACCUAAAUUAGUGAUUUCUUCUCCAAAAUGUCUGAUAACACCUAUUAUCAUUAUAAUGGAAGUUUAACCACACUUCCUUGUUCAUAAACUGUCAAUUGGGUCGUGUUCUAAUAAGCCUUACCUAUUUCAUCAACCUAAUUGAAAUAGUUUUAGGAUUUCCUUAGUGACUCUACUGUAUUCCCAAUAAAACACAACAACAGACCCAUCUAACACUUAAAUGGAAGAAAGAUUUUGAAAGGAGUAAAUUUAAUUCAUAAUAUAAUUAGACUGCCAUUGCUGCAAGUGUCACUGAGAUACCAGAUGUGGAAGCCUCGUUCGCCUAGACACUUGCUAUGGCUAUUUUAAUGAUCGUCUUUUUGAUUUAAUGA